AUGUCUUGAAACAGUUAAAGGUGGAUAAAUCCUCAGGACCUGAUCAGGUGUACCCGAGAACUCUGUGGGGAGCUGGAGAAGUGAUUGCUGGGCCUCUUACUGAGAUAUUUGAUUCAUCGAUAGUCACAGUGGCUGAGGAUGGAUUCUGUAGCUCCAGCCUGGGUGGGCAGUGUGUUUCUCUUCAUUCACUCCGAUGAAAUGGAUCUAUCAGCCAUGUACAAGGAACCCCAGCUACGCCUGAAAAUUUAUAAAGCCCUGAAACUGACACUUGCAGAUGCUGCUGGCAGUUCCGGAGGUGUCGAAAUCCUGAAAAUUUACGGCAGUGGCUUUGGACUCGAGCUGAAAUUUACAGAAGAAAGGAAAUGCAAGAAUUUUCUUCACAAUUACAGAAAUGACAAACUCCAGCAGGCUUUAGUGUACCAUUUCAGAAACCAAUCAAUACCCAACUUCACUUGUAGUACAGAGCUUAAGGCUGGCCCAGUGACAUUGGAUGACAUCCUGGAAAAUCCAGAAGACUGUCUGAGGCAUAUCAAAGAGAACGAGCCUAACCACCUCCGUGACGAUGAAGUUUCCAGAUUGGAAGAAGACAUCAGACGACUGGUCCUCGAAUAUAGUUCAAGCUGCCAGAGCUCCGAGACAUACUGCAGUGUUAAUUCAAAAACCCCAACAGCAGCCUCAACCCUUUCACCAAUCUCACCACCUUCAAUCUCGCCAUCUUCAAUCCAAGCCAAUGGAAGCCCUUUGUACUCGACUGUUCGUUUUGAAUUUCAAGGUGUUUUAUUUGAUGACCGUGUUUUAACUUCACAAGAUCAUUUCACCUUUGCCAAAACAGUGGGUAGGAAGUGGAAAGAGGUUGGCCGCUUGUUAAAGAAAACUUGCCGAGGUCUUCGGGAUCCUGCCAUCGACAAUAUAGCUUUUGAGUACGAACGGGAAGGAUUGUAUGAACAAGCAUAUCAACUGCUGCUCAAGUUUAUGCAGUGCGAAGGGAGGAAAGCGACAAUGAGUAGGCUGGUCAAGGUUUUGGAGGAAACUGAACUGGUGGGAGUUGCUGAGCAGUUGCUGGACACCUCGAGUAGUUAAGGAGGAAGUGACUGCAUCCUAAGGAAAGUUGGAAUAUUUUAUGGUGAGGUGUAAAACUGAAGGGAAAUUGUGGGAAGGUAAAGAGUUUUUUUUACUUGUAUUAAAAUUAAUCAUUUUGCCUGAGCAAAUGUAUUUUUUAAUCUGACUGAGGUGAAUCUUAUGUUGGAGGCAGUCCACUUCCUUCAGAAUUCAAAGGCACUUAUUUUUUUAAAUAAUCUCUGAAUCUAGUUCUCAUCUUUGCAUAUGCAUAUUUUAAUACAUGCUAUAUAGUAUUUUCCACAUUGAUUUGCAAGCCAAAAUCUGUAUUAAUUAUGAGAUAACACAAGUAUUUCUUUAAGUAAUUAAAUAUUUUCAGAAGUGCUUAUUUUGAAUCUUUUUAACGCUUAACGUUAUGAAAAAUGACUAAUUUGAGAUCUCCAAUGUAAACUUUGGCAUGAUUUUAUUUUAUUGUGACAGGAACCAAACUUGUUUUUUGUUUGUUCUGAAGUUGUCCCCUUUUUACGUGCUAACACGAGCUCAUUAGGUGAAAAUCUCUUCUGACAAUGUUGAAUGGGUUUGAGCAACUCCUUCCAAUUCCUGGUGAACCUCUGCUUGCAGCACAGUCUUAUCCCAGAGUCAGCAUCCGAUCAACUCACCUCUCGUGUCCUCUCUGUGUUAGCCUCUCCCUGCCAGGCCAAGGGAGUGAUCUGCUGUGAUUGGGGGUUGAUUGCAUUGUUUGGUGUAAUUGUAAUUGUUCUGCAGCUUUUCCUCUACAGUAGCUCCCCUAGGCGUGGUAGUUGUUGAUGUGGGGUGACCGAAGUGUCCCAUGGCCUCACUUUGGGUGCAAAUGUUUAAUCUUCUCUAAAAUAACAUUAGGACGUUAGGAUCAAGACAUCUUUCUGUCUCUCCCCUACUAAAACAUUCAAAACAUCUAAAAUCUCAGUUCUAGCAGCACCUCUGUCCUUAAGUAGGCUGGACUCUCCCUUGGAUGUAGAUUAGAUGGGACAGCUUGCAGUCUCAAAUGUAUGAUUUAAAAAGCAAAUGCAGCAUCCCCCCGAGACUUGUACAAUAGCAGCCACUGGAUCCAUCCAAAUAAAAGGCCAGGAAUCUGUAAGUUGGCGAUCGGCAGGUUAGAUUAGAUUAGACUUACAGUGUGGAAACAGGCCCUUCGGCCCAACAAGUCCACACCGACCCGCCGAAGCGCAACCCACCCAUACCCCUACAUUUAUCCCUUACCUAACACUACGGGCAAUUUAGCUUGGCCAAUUCACCUGACCCGCACAUCUUUGGACUGUGGGAGGAAACCGGAGCACCCGGAGGAAACCCACGCAGACACGGGGAGAACGUGCAAACUCCACACAGUCAGUCGCCUGAGUCGGGAAUUGAACCCGGGUCUACAGGCGCUGUGAGGCAGCAGUGCUAACCACUGUGCCACCGUGCCGCCCACAAACACACCGCCCCUGGGUGGUUAAUUUCUUUAAAAAAAAUGAAGAAAUUAUGGGUGCAGCCUGUGACCAUUCACUCAUGUAAUAAGAUGGAUUAUAGGUGGAAAUAAAUGCCUAAAAGACAAUUAAACUUUUCCAGGAAAUUGACAUAUUUCGUCACCAUAAAUCAGUGACUUUGACUCUGAUCAUCGAAAAAGAGCAGGAAACACUUGAACUCUCAAUUUUCAAUGCUUAUGAGUCUGGAUAACAGACCUGUUCAACAAUAAAGCUCACCCAACAAACAAUUCUUGAAGAACUUUUAGCCUCUCUUCUUUCUAUACUCAAUGAAGCAUAGUAACGGUCAUUCUGUAAUUAGUGGUAAUGAUUCCAGUGGUAGUUACAUCUUGUUUAUUGUGUUACUGUAAGGCAGCCCCAGAGGCUUUUUUUUUUAAAUGACUGGUAAAACAUUUGCCAGCAGAUUAACACAGGAGACUAAACUCUAGGUAGUAAUCCUGAUCUGUUUCUAUUCAUUCGUGUGUGUAAGAAUCUCCAGUCUAGAGGGCACCAUCACAAUCUACUCUUACUUUGCAUGAUAACUAAAACCCAGUAGGUACAUAAAACUGACUUCAUUCGACCUUCUCGCUUGGGAAGUAACUUCUCCCUGCCCUUUGCUUCUGGUCAGAAACCAUCUGAGGCUCGGGGCGGCAGACUUUUUGGUGAGUCAGGACAUGGUUAGUUUCUGUCCCGCUACAGGGAGAGACAUAAUGCAGGCUGACCCUUUAAUGUAAUACCAAGGAAGAGCUGCACUAUGUAAGUUGCCUUCUUUCAAUUGAGAUUAUAGAAUCAUAGAACCCCUACAGUGCAGCAGGAGGCUGUUUGGCCCACCAAGUCUACAUCGACCCUCCAAAGAGAAUCCCACACAGACCCAGUCUCCGACUGUUGGAGGAAACUAGAGCGCCCGUAGGAAACUCACACAGACUUGGAGAGAAUGUGCAAACUCCAUACAGAUAGCUGCAUUCGAAUCAGGGUUCCUGGCACUGUGAGUCGGCAGUGCUAACCACUGAGCCACGUGCCACCCUUAAGAUGUUAAGCAAGGCCUCUAAGAGUCCUCUAGCAUUAUUUGUGGUAGAAAAUGGAAAUUUUUCUGCUGUCCUGUUCAAUACGUAUCCCUCAGCUAAGAUUGCUAAAACAGUUUGUUUAGUCCUAUUCUCAUUGUUGUUUGUGGGAGUCUACUGUGCUCAAUCUGACUGCCACAUUUCCUAUAUUGUAGCAAGGCCAUACUUUUAAAAGUAAAACUUUAUUGGCUGUUUAAUACUUUACAACAUCCUGAAGUUGUCAACGGUGCUAUGGAAAUGCACAUCAUUUCUUCCUUUGGACAUAUUAUGUUACAUCAGUUGGUUGCCUGUGCCUUUGAGAUGUAUUAGAAAAGACAGUCAUGACUGCGCUCCAGUUUAUCCUUCGCUCUGAGAUGAAAGCUGUUUGUGUUCUGACCUCUUCAAUGACAUCCAGAAUCUGUAUCAAACAUUCAUUAUACAUCGAUGAAAACUAAAGCUGUCCCUGCUUCAACACUGUCUUAACCCCAAGUAAAUUAGGACUCUGUACAACAACAAAGUGACACAUUCCAGCUCCAGGCAUCUCAUGGCAUUUCUCACUCAGUUUGUCAACUACGUGCAAGUUUUAAACAUUGAGCCUGGACUGUUGCUGCCCAAAUUUAUUUUUCAAUGAACCCAAAAUAACAUAACAAAGAAAGUAGACCAUUGCUCUGGGUUGGGCCUCAAUCCAAAUCCCAAAGUGGAAAGGCCGGUGGCCUUUCUUUUGUCAGUUUGUUCAUGGAAUGAGGGCAUUAGGUGUCAACCACAGAGUGGGUCUGGAGUCACAUGUAGGCCUGACCAGGUAAGGAUGGCAGUUUCCUUCCCUAAAGGGCAUUAGUGAACCAGAUGUUUUUUUCCAAUAAUCAACAAUAGAUUAAUGUUCAUCAUUAGACUCUUAAUUUCAGAUUUGUUUUAUUAUUAAAUUCCAAGUCUACCAUCCGUUGUGACGGUAUUCAAACUUUGGUCUCCAGAACACUAUCUAGGUCUUUGGCGUAAUAAUCCAGUGAUAAUACACAAGGCCAUCACCUCUGUCUAGUGUCCAACUGUUUAAAGACAUACUUCUAAGACAUUGGAUGAUUUAGUUGGAAAUUUCAAAUCUUUGUCUUUACCCUUUUGUGUUUAUUGUGUGAACUGCCUCACGUUUGAACUGUAUGUUUUUUAUAAUCAUUUGUUCCUAUUCAGACUGUGCUGAUUUAUAAUUGUCUAUUUCUUCCUUGUAUUGUCAGUAUUUAAAGUAUUCAUUGAGGCUUCAUCUCCAAAGCCAAGUUAAUGAUAGUUUUGGUAUGUAUGUUGUCAGUUGGUUUGUCUCAUGGUAAAAUGACAACUGGAAAGUAGGUGAAUCAUUCCAUGUAUUCUUGACUGAAGGACCCCAUACAGUAUUCAGGAAAUGCCUCAAAUACACAAACCCACAUGCGCGGCGUAUACAUCUUCAUUUUUGCUGCUUCCUGCUCUUGUUGUUCUUGAGUUUUCAAUGUGUCUGCUGUUACAUAUUGCUUAGUGCUGAAUCAACUGUGCAAAUGCAAAUAUUAUUUUAUACAGAA